GAACGUCCCCAAGCGAAAGGCUUCUUGGUGGAUGGUUUCCCGCGUAAUCAGGAUAAUUUCGAAGGGUGGAUGCGUGAGAUGGGCAACAAGGCGAAAGUGCAUUUUGUUCUCUACUUGUCGUGUCCGGAAGAUGUAUGCACGUAUCGUUGUCUGCAUCGUGGCCAAGGGCGUACGGAUGACAACGAAGAAUCAUUGAGAAAACGCAUUCAGACUUAUCAUAAUCAGACCCUGCCGAUUAUAAAUCACUACAAGGAGUUGGAUUUGGUCAGGGAAGUGUCA